CAUCCGGGUUACCGAGCGACUCCGGCAUUCUAACCAAUGAGUGGCUGCGUUUCCCAGAGCCGUCAGGGAAGGACGCAAAGUUUCCAAAAUGGUGCUCGAGAGUACUAUGGUUUGUGUGGAUAACAGCGAGUACAUGCGCAAUGGAGACUUCCUCCCUACGAGGCUACAGGCCCAGCAGGAUGCCGUAAACAUUGUUUGCCACUCUAAGACCCGCAGUAAUCCCGAGAACAAUGUGGGUCUCAUCACAAUGGCCAAUAACUGUGAGGUGUUGACCACACUUACCCCAGACACGGGACGCAUCCUCUCCAAAUUGCAUGCUGUCCAGCCUCGGGGCAAGAUCAGCUUUUGCACUGGUAUUCGAGUAGCACACCUGGCUCUGAAACAUAGACAAGGGAAGAAUCACAAGAUGCGCAUCAUCGCCUUUGUAGGCAGCCCUGUGGAGGACAAUGAGAAGGAUCUGGUUAAAUUGGCCAAACGGUUGAAGAAAGAGAAAGUAAAUGUGGAUGUAAUCAAUUUUGGGGAGGAGGAGGUAAACACUGAGAAGCUCACUGCAUUCAUCAACACCCUGAAUGGGAAGGAAGGUACAAGCUCUCACUUGGUGACGGUUCCACCAGGACCCAGCCUGGCCGACGCCUUGCUCUCCUCACCCAUCCUAGCAGGAGAAGGGGGUUCCAUGCUGGGCUUGGGAGCCAGCGACUUUGAGUUCGGGGUGGACCCCAGUGCUGACCCUGAGUUGGCAUUGGCUCUGCGGGUGUCCAUGGAGGAACAGAGACAGCGGCAGGAGGAGGAAGCUCGGCGAGCGGCAGCCGCUUCCGCCGCAGAGGCUGGCAUCCCCACUUCGGCUGGAGAUGAAUCAGAGGAGGCUCUGCUGAAGAUGUCUGUGUCCCAGCCGGAAUCUGGGGCUGCUGUGCUGCCGGACUUCAGUAGCAUGACGGAGGAGGAGCAGAUUGCCUAUGCCAUGCAGAUGUCUUUGCAGGGAGCUGGGGGCGAUUAUGGUGAGCCUGUUGCUAUGGACACAGGAGUCCCAAUGGACACAGCUGAUUCAGCAAAGGAGGAGGAUGACUAUGAUGUGAUGCAGGACCCCGAGUUCCUUCAGAGCGUGUUGGAGAAUCUGCCGGGUGUGGACCCCAACAACGAGGCCAUCCGCAAUGCCAUGGGGUCCCUGGCCUCGCAGACGGGAGCGAAGCCACCGGAUUCUAAGAAAGAUGACGAGAAGAAGAAGUGAAGCCUGGAUAAGCAGAUGUGAUGAGGACACCCCCAGGCACACAUUUCACUGAUCUGAAAGGACAACUGUUAGAAAUGGACAGCAGAGGUGACAUUUAGGUGGGCAUAGUGUUAGUUUGGAGUGACUUUUUGACAGUUGGGCCUCCACACCAGACAAAGGACAUGGAGGGUAUCACAUAAAGACAGGCGCAUUACAUUAGACACAUCUAAAACCUUGUACGUUACAAAAAUGUUGUAUACUAAAUAGCUAUGUCUCCCUCUUUGCUUUUGUUUUUCAUUUUCUAUUGCAAUUAAAAAUGCUGAAGUACCUGCAUGUCUCUUUCAAUUCCCUGCUCUCUUUCCCUACUAUUUCUCAGCCUGUUGCUCAUUUAAUAUGAAAUUGAAACCUGAGUACAAAUAAACUUGAAUACUGCGACGUGUUAGUGUUUCGCCCCUGUGUGCCUUUAGUGCAUGUGGAAGGCAGGAAAUCUGACCAUUACAGAUAGCUUGCUGUUGCAAACGAGUAUGGUGCAUCUAUGCCUUUUACAUGCCAGGUUUGUUGUGGGCAGUGGCGGGGCAGCCUUAACACUGAAAUUUGACAUGCUUUCAGAAUAAAUCCAAAACAGAUUGAUUUAGAACUUCUUGAUACAGUGUUUUGUUGUUAAUUUCUCUCACGCACCCCUGCUUGGAAGUGUGAAUGUGGUGAUUAGGGGUUUGUUCUGGGGCUGAGGACAGUUAUCUGUGGUCAUCUGGUGUCUAGUACUAGGUUAGUUAAUAAGGAUGGAAGACAAAAUUAUACAUGUAACCAUUUUUAAAAAAGGUUUUGAACUGCGUCUUUCUGAUGCUUUCUGUAAAUCACAGGUUUGUCCUGAUUGGUCUGUGCACCUCAGGGGGAUCUGAGGUAUUCAGGUUAUUGCUGUGCAUUGAAGUGUUUUAUGUAUACAAAAGAAUAAAAGGAAUAUGAACCUGUUA